UGAACGCACCACCGCUGUCUGCUCUCUAGUUACAGUAUGGCGGCUGGGACUUGCGGAGGAGGACAACUUCUUCUAGAUUCCUUCCAGCGACGGCAUUAAUAUAAAACUUAUAGCGGCAACCACGAGGUACACUGCAACAGACGACAGCGGCAUAACUUGUGUUUCUUACUGGGGCUUUCCCCAGAAAAUAAUCGGACUGGUGUGUGAUGCGUGAGGACCCGCAGUCAAGAAACUCCCCGGAUUUUUCCGCGUCGGUUUCUGCUUUGACUGUCAGUUAGCCGGCUAGCUGCUAGGUAGCUCCCUUCAAUGCUAACGCUCGCCUGCAGAGCUCUAUAUUAGCAAAAAGAAGCGCUAGCGUGUUGCUUUUAUUUACUCCAGGUGACAGGGAUGGUAUACCGUAUCCAUUCGGUAAGCGGACUGGUUGAAAAAGAUGGGGAGAAAAAAUUUGUGGACCUGGAAGAUAACUUUGUCAGUACUCAUUAGCCUAGCCUAACCUAGCUUUCUAGUACAACGCCAAAAGAGAGUUAGCGCUUCGCCUGUCCACCAGCGAGUUAGCCAAUUAGCAUUUUAGUUGCACAAGACGACCAGAUAAUCCUCCCCUGUUCAUCCCGGUGGAUGGUUUUGAAACGUCUCCGCUGACUAAUUCAGACGAAGAGUGGGCAUUGAGCUGCUUUAGUUUUAUAACUCAGGGGUGUUUUGGCGUUCGGGCUCGCUAGGUGUUCUCUGGUGGAGGGAGUGGUGAAGGUAGGGAGAUAGGAAGGUAGCUAAGGUUCCCUGCAUCAGGGCAACAAGGUCACUCAGAUUAUGAAGACCCAUACAUGUCAACUACACUUAUAGAUGACACUUUAGUAAAUGACAGACGCGUGUGUGUUGUGUGUAUGUGUGUAUAGGGUGAUGAACGCUGGGGUGUGUGCCUGCUGUUAGCUUGCUGCAAGAGAAGACAACACAGCUCAGAAGCGCGCAAUAAUUGGACCUACUGCUCUUGAUAUACGUUAAACAGACAGUUUAGUCAGCACAGAAGGAGUUUGAUGGACGUGAGGGGCUGUCAGUGCUAUACUCACUCAUGUAUGUCUUGACACAUGGCAGCUUGGUCUGUACAUAGUGCCUGCUGUCACAUAUAAGCGUCGUUAUGUAGCUUCGGUGGGCAGUCAGUGAGGGGAAUGUCCUGUCUUUUUUUAUACCUGUUGGUUUGUUUUUUAUUUCUCACACACAAGAGAGGACCAUGUUUACUAGUUAGUGCCUAGAAGAUUAGAGGACUAACAUUUCAGCCUACAGAUAGGCCGCAGAUAUCGUAGAUUAUUCCUAUUUUUUUUUGGAGGAGGGACUCCACCAGAAAAACCUGCCACUCUGGAUCAAGAAAACUUGCCCCUCGUCACUGGUUGGAGUAAUACUCUCAAGCCAAAAUCAAUGCCUUCAGCGCUGGCAAUAUUCGCCUGCCGACCCAACUCGCACCCAUUCCAGGAGCGGCAUGUGUACCUGGAUGAGCCCGUCAAGAUCGGCAGGUCGGUGGCUCGGUGCCGGCCAGCCCAGAACAACGCCACCUUCGACUGCAAGGUGCUGUCCAGGAAUCACGCUCUGGUGUGGUUUGACCACAAGACUGGCAAGUUCUACCUGCAAGACACUAAAAGCAGCAAUGGGACAUUCAUCAACAGCCAGAGGUUGAGUCGUGGCUCGGAGGAGAGUCCACCCUGUGAGGUCCUCUCCGGCGACAUCAUCCAGUUUGGCGUCGACGUCACUGAGAACACACGCAAAGUCACCCAUGGCUGCAUCGUGUCAACAAUCAAACUCUUCCUACCUGAUGGGAUGGAGGCACGCCGACGAAGCGAUGUCAUCCAGCCUCCAUUACCACUACCUAUAGACAAGGUUGCAGCCAACACUCCCAGUAUGUAUUCUCAGGAACUGUUCCAGCUCUCCCAGUAUCUACAGGAGGCCUUACACAGAGAGCAGAUGUUGGAGCAGAAGUUAGCCACUCUGCAGCGUCUGUUAGCCACCACUCAGGAGGCCUCAGAGAGCAGCUGGCAGGCUUUGAUUGAUGAGGACCGUCUUCUCUCCAGGCUGGAGGUGAUGGGCAGUCAGUUACAAGCUUACUCUAAGUCCCAGACAGAGGAAGGGAUCCGUAAGGAGCUCUUGGCUCUUCAGGAGGACAAACACAACUACGAGACAACGGCAAAGGAGUCUCUGAGGAGAGUUCUGCAGGAGAAGAUUGAGGUGGUCAGGAAGCUGUCAGAGGUGGAGCGCACGCUCAGUAACACCGAGGACGAGUGCACCCACCUGAAGGAGAUGUCUGAAAGGAGUCAGGAGGAGCUGAGGGAGCUCGCCAACAAGUACAACGCGGCCGUUAAUGAGAUCAAAGAGCUCACUGACAAAAUUAAGGCUGCAGAGGGAAGACAAGAGGAGCUCACUCAGCGGGGCGCGACAGAGAAGAGGGAGUUGGAACUACGGAUUGAGGAAAUGGAGGAGAAGGAGCAGGUUCUCCAGGCUCGCAUCGAGGCUCUGCAGGCAGACAAUGACUUCACCAAUGAGAGGCUCGCUGCCCUGCAGGUGCGGUUAGAACAGCUACAAGAGAAAAGCAUUAAAGAGAACAACAGUCUGGAUGUCGUCACUGUCCCCCACGGACCAGUAGAGGAGCUUGUCGAGGACAGAGAUUCCACACAGCAGAUACGCGAGAGCCAGGAGGAAGACGAUGAUGAGGAGGAUACAGACACCGAUGAUGGUGCAGUUGGGGAAGAUGAAGAUGCUGAUGACAACUGUCAUGUUAACAACAGCGGAGGAGACUCGACUAGAAACCAACAAUUAAUUGACUGUCCGCCUGUCAUAGAGCUAAAGAAGACCGUCAGUGAUUCACUCCACAAACUGGCCAACUUUGAUGUGAUGGACGCCCACUUACAGAACAACCAGACGGCGGGAGAUGACAUCCUGACCAGCCCUGAUCGACUCAAAGGGAAUCAGAUGGAUGCCAAAGAGUCAGACAUGUCCGACACUCUGAGUCCCAGCAAAGACCGCAGCAGUGACGACACGUCAGAUGGAAACAUGAACGACCAAGAGCUGAAUGAACCCCAGAACAGAGUAGCUCUGCUCAAAGAUGAGCUACAUCGGGCCGGUCUAGAGCCUGGAGACACGGAGCAGGUCAUCCACCAUCUCCACAGAGAGCUUCUGGAGGCCCAAGAAUUAGCCAACACCGGCAAGCAGAAAUGUCUAGAGCUACAAGCUCUGUUGGAGGAGGAGAGGAGGAGUAACUCUCAGCUGACUGAGGAGUCGACCAAACAGAUCCAGUUCUUGCAGACUCAGCUUGGGAAGCUUCAGGCUGACAUGGAGGCACUGAGGGAGCAGAGGGAGAGCACCAUCUGUAGCACCAGAGAGGAGCUUUACUCUGCCCAGGAGGAGAUUCUUGUCCUGCGACACGCUAUGGAGGCGGCCACGGCAGAGCGGGAGCGUGAGAUCACUGUCCUGCAGGCAGACCUGGUCAGUGUGCGCUCCGAGCUAGAGCACUGGAGGAACACAGCCGCCAAAUACGAGGAGGAGAUCGCCCGGCUGCAGGAGGCCUUCACGCAGCAGGAACAGCAGCAGACUGCUGCCAGCGAGCUGCAGGUGGAGUGCACUGCAUUGCACCAGCGGUGUACGUGUUUGCAGCAGGACUGUGAUGGCCUGAGAGCUGAGAGGAAAACACUCACAGAAAAACUGCACCGCCUGGAGGCUGAGCUGAGCAGCACCAGGGAGAAGAGUCUGGUCCUCAGCAGCAGUCUGGAGUCUCUGGAGAAGAGGGAGGAGGUUUUGCAGGACAAACUGGGUUCUCUGGAGAAUCAGCACCUGCAGGACGCGAGCAGGCUAAAGAGCCAGCUGGACCAGGCCCAGGCCCACACACACACACUGCAGAAAGAGUAUGAAGACACACAGUCCCAGCUAUCUGAUCUCCGUCAGCGUUAUGAGAGAACAGAGCAGGAGAAGCUGAACAUCCACCAGGAGCUGGAGCAGUGCAGGAGCAGCCUCAAGCUGCUGCAGGACAAGUCCAGCUCUAGCGGCUGGAGCCCCUGGAUGCCGGUCGUCGCAGUGAUGGUCGCCGUGACGGCCGCCGUCCUCUACCCCAACCUCUCCAAGAGCAGCUCCACCUAGGACACAAAACACAAGCGAACACACACACGGAGCGCCGUGAGGAGAGCGUCACUGCUUUACUUGUAUAAAGUCUAAUUGUACAUAAUUGUAGAGGGAUAUAAAGGUUGUGGUUUCUA